CCUCCCUUCACUCAGCUGAGCUUGCCCGCCUGCCUGACUGACUGGCCAACAAGAAAUGUUGGCAAAACACCCCCUCCUCAUCGUGUAGAAAAAAACAUGGCGGACAAGCGAUAAAAUCCACAUCAGAAACAAAUACACACGUUACAAAGCAAGCCUUGAAAACAGGGAGGGGGUCGCUUUAAUUUGGACGCCAUCCCCUUUGGCGGAGGAAAAAGGCGCACUUCUAUUGAAAGGGAAGUCAUCCGGAGAGGAGGAACGCCGCAGCUAACGGUUAUGAAGUUUUAAGUGGAGGCCACUGUUGUGUUGUUAGUCGGUCUGUAUUGUUGGAGCAUGAGGAAACCUGUGCCACAGAAAGCUAUAGAGUGGAAAGAUGUUCGAAGGAUCAAGCAUGCCCGGAGUGGAAGGCCCUCCCGUGUGCCCUCACAGUAUCAAGGGCACUUCAGUUGGGAGAAAUACUUGAAAGAGACGGGUGCUGUUGCUGCACCUGCUUCAUGUUUCAAACAGAGCCUCACACCACCAGUUAAUGAGUUCAAAGCGGGUAUGAAGCUAGAGGCCCAGGACCCGCGGAACACCACGUCCACCUGCAUCGCCACAGUGGUAGGCCUGACAGGUUCACGGCUUCGGCUGCGCUUGGAUGGAUCUGACAAUAAGAAUGACUUCUGGCGUCUGGUGGAUUCCUCAGAAAUCCAGCCUAUUGGCAAUUGUGAAAAGAAUGGAGGCAUGCUGCAGCCACCACUAGGUUUUCGUCUCAAUGCGUCCUCCUGGCCCAUGUUCCUUCUGAAAACACUAAAUGGAGCUGAGAUGGCUCCCUCUCGCAUCUUUCACAAGCAGGAGCCUCCUGCCCCAGAGCAAAAUUCCUUCCAGGUGGGCAUGAAGCUGGAGGCGGUCGACCGCAAAAAUCCCCACUUUAUCUGCCCAGCCACAGUAGGUGCGCUGCGUGGUGUCGAGGUGCUGGUUACCUUCGAUGGGUGGCGGGGAGCCUUUGAUUACUACUGUCGCUACGACUCACGAGACAUCUUCCCCGUUGGGUGGUGUGCCCUUACUGGAGACAACCUUCAACCACCCGGCACCAAAGUAGUGUUGCCUAAGAGCCUCGGGGCACUGACAGACGGAAGUGUGGAGAGUCCAGCCAUGCAUCCCACCCCUACGGUGGGCAGACCUCCAGGUCAGAGAGGACGUAAGCCAGGCCGCCGGAAAACCAAAGCGACAGGGCCUUGGAGUCAGAAAGGCCCAGCGUUGGGACCACAGAGCAUCCAGUCAGGCAAAGAAUUGGAGCCCAUUAAGAUCCCCAAGAAACGCGGACCCAAGCCUGGCAGUAAGCUGGGCUGGGCAAAGAGAGCUGGCUGGCUGGAAGAUGCCAUGGCUGGACCUGGACGGCCAGUGACAGGCGCAGGGCGAACCAGAGGCAGACUGCCUGCCAACUGGGCGCAGAGGAUAGCUUUGCAGCAGGACCAGACUCAGGCAGAACCUAUCAAGAUCCCAAAGAAAAGAGGUCCCAAGCCUGGCAGCAAGAGAAAACCACGAGUGGUACCUAAUCCAGUCCCCACGUCUCCCACCAGCAGCACUCCAGAGCCUGACACCAGCACUGUGCCACUGGACAAUGCCACCAUCCCCAACUCUGCACUACAGGCUCCCACAGUGUGUGUGUACCUAAACAAGUACGGCAAAGUGGGACCUCAUUUGGACCAACAGCGUAUCCAGAAGCUCCCAGACCACUUUGGGCCAGGCCGAGCCUCUUCAGUUCUUCAGCAGUGUGUCCAGGCUUGUGUAGACUCUGCCCGCAACCAGGGCACAGUCUUCUCUUGCCUCAAGUCUGGACAGGGAGGUGAAGUCAUUUCAGCCUUUUUUGACCAGCAGCAACAUACCCUCACUCUGCCUACUGUCAGCAGCGUCACCUACGUCCUUCGCUUCUUAGAAAAACUUUGCCACAACCUUCACUGCGAUCCUCUUUUUGGCAACCAGCCUGUGGCCAGAGGAGGUCUACACUACGACAGUCAUACAUACACUACAGAAAGGAGAAGCUUUGGAGACAGCCUGACGCCAGGCCGGAGCACAAAGCGGUUCCUUCAAGACUUCAACAGUCCCUUGUCUCAGAAGCUGGCAAAAAUCCCUCGGCACUCCACUGAUGGUGAGUCCUUCAUUGAGAACAGUGUUGCUGCACCAGAACACUUGAAGAAGGGCCCUCUCUCUCCAAACGCUAUGGGACUGACCGCUGGCCUGAGGUCUCCGUCCAAACUGCUGCAUCGUAACAACUCUACAGGUAGUUUCCGGCAGAGUCCAAGGCCCAGCGGUCAGGACCCCAACCUGUGGACAGUAGAGGAAGUCAUGCAGUAUAUCAGAGAUAUUGACCCAGUGCUGGCCCCACAUGCUGACCUUUUCAGAAAACAUGAGAUUGAUGGUAAAGCGCUCCUGUUGCUGCGGAGUGACAUGAUGAUGAAAUACAUGGGCUUGAAGCUGGGUCCUGCCCUCAAACUCACCUUCCAUAUCGACAAGCUAAAACGGGCUUGAGGAGUUUAGCCGACCAGCUGCAGCCUUCCAAAGGACUUCACUCCCGCCCCACCUCCCUGUUCUAGGUUCAGUAUAUCAUGCACUUCACAGAGGACAUAUACUGACCACUUACAUGUAGCAACUUACAUCAGACCGUAACGUUGGGUAUAGAUACUCCUGUCCUGACCUCAUCGAAUGAGGAAGACUUACUUUGUGUAGCACAAUCCAGCCCUAAGGCAGCAUGGGAUACGUAGGAUCACCCACUUGUCCGGCAUCUGUUUUGCAUUUCAGUAUAACUUGAAGAAUCAUAUGUGGCCAUUUUAACUGUAAUAGGCUUUUUGGCCUGCUUUUAUUGUGUAACAUUUAUUCUGUACAUUUCAUAUUUUUUACUUCCUGAAUAUAUGGACUUGUAUUUUUGCCAUUUUCAACGCUUUGUGUUGAGAUAUGCUGAAAGAAAGAAAACCCUUAAGAAAUGAAAAGAAAAGCACUACAUUCAUCCCAAUAGUUGGGAAUUCUUUUGAUUAGUCUCUGUUUGAGGCACGAUUUUGCAACUACACUAAUAAUUAUGGUUAGAAAAACAUGUUUUAUGAAAGGAAAAAAACUUUAUUCUGAAAAUACUGCCAUGAGGAGAUCUGUUUGUUUCUCUUAUUCUGGAUGUUGUUUACAAUGCCUUGUCUUGUCUUUGUUAUUUGUACUUUUUUAAUUUUUUAUACUAUAUUAUUAGAAUUCCUACGUGGAGAGCCCUAUCAUACUAAACAUUGUUCAAUAAAUAUAUAAUUCAG